AACUUGGUGAAAACUGGUCGUAGUUUCAGCAUUUGGAAUGCAGUAAUGCGUUAUUGUUGGUUUUUUAAAAAUCUAUUAAUUGAUGCGUUUAAAUGUUAUCUUGAAUGUGGAAUAAUAGACGCUUUGUUAUGAAUAAUGAAGUCGCGCACCACCUGUUUUACGCGGAAUUCGACUUCCACCUAGCGUCCAAAACGGAAAAUACGCGACACAGUGGAGAAUAAUAUGUCACGUUUACUUUGCGUGCACGCCAAUAAUCAACUUUUUUCUUCGUCAAUGCUAGCUUUGAGCUAAAGGACCAAAUAUAUUUAUAUAUAUAACUACCAAAUAUAUUUAAAACGGUAGUUGUUGCGCACUGGUUAAAAUAUGAUAAACGGUGACAUUAAAAUCCCCGUGGUCUAUUUUAUUUGGAUGCUCCCGUGGCGUAAACAUACUGCGGCAAUUAGCUCGACUGUCUUGACUGCAGCGCAUCUUCGGGGUAUCACUCCGCGGCCGUCAGCGGAAGCGCUCCUCGACCAAUCACGUCUGUGUUUACACCAUCACCUGUCAAACGCACACCCUCGGCUACAUUUUUUUUGUUUCUCUGCAAGCACUUUCAGGAGCUGAAAAACAGAGACUGGCACUGAAGCGCCGACGGUAGCCGCUACCUGGACGGACUUUCUGGCAAUUGACCUUUAUCAGCGGAAGAAGUCUUGAACUAUGAGCUCAGUGGCAGUGUUGACCCCCGAGAGCUUUGCGGAGCAUCGCAGCGGCCUGAAGGACCAGGAGAUUAUAGGCUGUGUCCCGGAGGAUGAGGCCUACAUCCCCACCUACCUGGAGGCCUUCCCUCCGCUGCCAGAAAAGGGUGCGCCGGGGGAGAAGGCGGCCCCCGCGUGGGGGAGCAAGAUCAGGCCCAUCAAAGCUUCCGUCAUCACCCAGGUGUUCCACGUGCCCCUCGAGGAGCGCCGCUACAAGGACAACAGCCAGUUCGGGGAGGGCGAAGAAGCCAAAGUGUGCUUGGACAUCAUGCAGCGAACAGAAGCCCACAUUGAGCUGUCCCUGGCUAAAGACCAGGGCUUGUCCGUCAUGGUCACAGGCAAAGUGGACUCUGUCAUGAAGGCCCGCAAGGAGAUCGUAGCACGACUGCAGACUCAGGCCUCAACCGCGGUCGUCAUCCCCAAGGAGCACCACCGCUUCGUCAUCGGCAAGAACGGCGAAAAGCUGCAGGAACUGGAGCUGAAGACGGCCACCAAGGUCGUCGUGCCGCGCCCGGACGACCCCAGCGCCAACAUCCGCAUCGCCGGUACCAAGGAGGGCAUCGAGAAGGCGCGGCAUGAGAUACUGCUGAUCUCUGCGGAGCAGGACAAGCGCGCGGUGGAGCGGCUCCCCCUGGAGAAGGCCUUCCACCCCUUCAUUUCCGGCCCACACAAUCGGCUGGUGCAGGAGCUGAGUCAGGAAACGGGCGCUCGCAUCAGCGUGCCCCCUACCAGCCUGCCCAAGGACGAGAUCGUCGUCACCGGGGAGAAGGAGGCCGUCGCCCUGGCGCUCGGCCGCAUACGUGCCAUCUACGACGACAAGAAGAGGAAGACCACCACCAUCUCCGUGGAGGUGAAGAAGUCGCAGCACAAGUACAUCGUCGGCCCAAAGGGCAACACCCUGCAGGAGAUCCUGGAGGCCACGGGGGUGUCGGUGGAGAUGCCCCCGCUGGAUUCCGGCUCGGAGACCAUCAUCCUCAGGGGGGAGCCCGACGAGCUGGGCCCGGCCCUCACGCAGGUCUACUCCAAGGCCAAAAGUGUGAUGGUGAUGGAUGUGACGGCUCCGGCCUGGCUGCAUCGCUUCAUUAUUGGCAAAAAGGGACAAAACAUCGGGCGGAUAACACAGCAGCUGCCUCGAGUUCACAUUGAGUUCACCGAUGGCGAGGAGCGCAUCAACCUGGAGGGGCCGACGGAGGAGGUGCAGCAGGCUCAGGCCCAGAUACAAGAAAUCAUCAAGGACCUGCUGGUGAGGAUGGACUACACCGAGGUCAUCGUAGACCAGCGUUUCCACAGACAUCUUAUCGGAAAGAACGGCACCAAUAUCAACCGGAUUAAGGAGCAGUACAAGGUCUCCGUGAGAAUCCCGCAGGACUCUGAGCGAAGCAGCCUGGUCCGCAUCGAGGGCGACCCCAAGGGCGUCCAGCUGGCUCGCAGGGAACUCAUCGAGAUGGUUCAAAGAAUGGAGAAUGAGCGAACCAAAGAUCUGGUAGUGGAGCACAAGUUCCAUCGGACGAUCAUCGGUCAGAAGGGAGAGAAGAUAAAAGAAGUCCGAGACAAGUUCCCCGAGGUUAUCAUCAACUUCCCUGACCCGGCGCAGAAGAGUAACGUUGUUCAGCUGAGGGGGCCCAAGAGCGAGGUGGAGAAGUGCGCAAAGUUCCUCCAGAAGAUGAUUGCCGACCUGAUAGAGAGUAGCUUCUCGCUCUCGGUUCCCAUCUUCAAGCAGUUCCACAAAAACAUCAUCGGCAAAGGUGGUGCCAACAUCAAAAAGAUCCGCGAGGAGACCAACACCAAGAUCGACUUGCCCACUGAGAACAGCAACUCCGAGAUGAUCGCCAUCACGGGUAAGAAGGGCAACUGUGAGGCGGCCAGAGAUCGAAUCCUCGCCAUCCAGAGAGAACUGGCCAACAUUAAAGAGACAGAGGUCACCAUCCCGGCCAAGCUGCACAACUCCCUGAUCGGCUCCAAGGGCUGCCUGGUCCGCGCCGUCAUGGAGGAAUGCGGCGGCGUCCACAUCCACUUCCCCUCCGAGGGCUCGACGUCGGACAAGGUCACCAUCAGGGGGCCCGCCGGCGAGGUGGAGAAGGCCAAGAAGCAACUGCUGCAGCUGGCUGAGGAGAAGCAAGUCAACAACUUCACAGCCGAACUGCAGGCCAAGCCAGAGUACCACAAGUUCCUGAUCGGGCGCGGCGGGGCCAACGUUCGCCGCGUACGGGACAGGACGGGCGCACGCAUCAUCUUCCCGUCAACUGACGACCCCGAGCAGGAACUGAUCACCAUUGUGGGGAAAGAGGAAGCCGUCCGUCAGGCACAGAAUGAACUAGAAUGCCUGAUCAAAAACCUGGAUGACGUGGUGGAGGAUAGCAUGGAUGUGGACGUACGCCACCACCGCCAUUUUGUGUGCCGCAGAGGCCAGGUGCUGCGGGAGCUGGCCGAAGAAUAUGGCAGCGUUGCCGUCAGCUUUCCUCGCACGGGGGCCAACAGCCAGCGGGUCUCCCUGAAGGGAGCCAAGGACUGCGUGGAGGCCGCCAAAAAACGCAUACGGGAGAUCAUCAAGGACCUGGAGUCCCAGGUGAGCGUGGAGGUGACGAUCCCUCAGCGCUACCACCGCGCCAUCAUGGGGCCCAAAGGCAGCCGCAUUCAGCACAUCACCCGCGAGCACGAGGUCCAGAUCAAGUUCCCGGAGAGAGACGACGCCAACGCAGGUCAAGAGGCUUCGCCGCAGGAGAGCGGCCACGUCUGUCCAGAUGCGGAGCUCGUCCCCCGUAAGUGCGACGUCGUCGCCAUCUUGGGGCGAGCCGAGAAGUGUGAGGUGGCCAAAGCUGCCCUGCUGGCCUUGGUGCCCAUCACGGAGGACGUGGAGGUGUCCAAUGAGCUUCAUCGCUACGUCAUCGGCCAGAAAGGCAGCGGAAUCCGAAAGAUGAUGGAGGAAUACGAGGUCAACAUGUGGGUGCCGCAGCCCGAGCUGCGGCAGGACGCGAUCCGGGUGACGGGCCUGCUGGCCAACGUGCAGCGAGCCAAGCGGGGCUUGCUGAGCCGGGCCAAAGAGCUUCAGGCUGAGCAGGAGGACAGGGCGCUGCGGAGCUUCAAGGCCACCGUAUCGGUCGAGCCAAAGUUUCAUCCCAAGAUCAUCGGUCGCAAGGGGGCGGUCGUUUCUCAGAUCCGAAAAGACCACGACGUCAACAUCCAGUUCCCCGACAAAGGCGACGAGCAGCAGGACCUGAUCGUGGUGUCGGGGUACGAGGGGAACGUGGAGGAGGCGUGCGAGGCCAUCCGGCAACUUGUGGCCGAGUUGCAGGAGAUGGUGAGCCAAGACGUGCCCCUGGACCCCAGAACGCACGCCCGCAUCAUCGGCGCCCGCGGCAAAGCCAUCCGCAAGCUGAUGGAGGAGUUCAAGGUGGAUAUCCGGUUUCCUCCACCUGGCUCCGACGAACCUGACAAAGUGACGGUGACGGGUCUUCCCGAGACGGUCGACAACGCCGUCGAGCACCUGCUCAACCUGGAGGAUGAAUACUUGCUCAGCAUGACAGAGACCGAGAGGUUGGCGGCGUACAUGAAACCUCCGUCGCGGUGCGGGGGAGGCGGCGGCGGCACGGGGGGGCCGGAAGAUGGUACCGGGACUCCGGCGAAAGGCUUCGUGGUGCGCGACGCCCCCUGGAACGCCGCAGAGUACAAGGCGCUGGACAUGAGCAGCGCAGACGACUUCCUCACGUUCGGGAAGGCCGUGGCGCCCAAGCAGAGAUCCGCCUGGGGCCCCAAGAAGUUCUGAGACACAACGGACGUUCCUGCCUUCCUUCUCUUUUCUAUCGUCAAACCAGCCACUGCACAUUCUGAGGAGAUGAGUUUCUUUCUCCUCCUUUCGGGAAAACCCGAAUGUCGCGUUAACAUUUAAAACCUUUCCCAAAAACUAUUUGGGUUCAGGCACCUGCACAGACUGCUAAAGUCUCUUCAACUCACGGCUAUCUGUUAAAAAGUCUUUGCGUUCCUUGAAAUGUAUCAGGUGAGGCUGCGUAUGGAAAGUCAUUGAGAAUUUCCUCGAUAUCCCUGAAAAUCAAGGACAUUGAAGAAACGCUCCAAACGGCUCGCCGUAGCUGUAAAUUAUUACAAGGCAAACCGGCUGCUGUAGUAAAAAAAAGGUGGGGGGGGGGGGGAACCCCUGAGGAGGUGAUAUCCUGCACUGAUUCCCUGUUGUGAAGUUUUAUUUAUUGUCAAGUGUAAAAAGGAGCCAUUUUGUUUCAACUACUGUGAUUUUAUGUUUUUAUAAAGGCGGCCACUUGUAGCUCAUGACCGAUGUUCAUCAGGGUUUGCGAACAUGUUACUAGUAGUUACUGUACGUCAACAGAGGAUUUUUUUUGCUAUAUUUUUUAAAGGGAAUUUUUUCGGUUGGUGGCGGCAUAUGUUGAGGUCUGUGUGUGUGUGUGUGUGUGUGUGUGUGUGUGCGUGCGCUUAAGAUGUAUAUUUGAAUGAAACUGAACCAAACUUUGACAUGGUCUUAAUCUCUGUUUUUCUCAGAGCUCCUCAUUAAUGCUUGAUAUUCUUGUCAACAUGGACACAAAUGCUGCUUGCCUCUCUCCCAAAAAACAAAACAGGUCCUCUCUUAUAAGAAGUGCUUCAUGUGUUGUCGUAAUUUGUCGCAUUUUUAUUUUAUUUUUUUUUAUGACACUGAAGGGAUAAGUUAAUACGACUCGUCAGUGAAAAUGUACACUUUUUACAUACCGUUACAGAUUGCAUUUCCUGGUAGCUUACCGAGUGACACCGAGUCGGCGGUUAUGGUUGGUUGGCUCCAUUUUGAGUAAAGGGAGACGUAUCCGAAGUGACCAAAACGGUGGAUUUUAGGGGUCCAGUUUUAAAAUGGGUGUUUUAAUAUCAAUUUUUUCUUUUUUUUUUAGCAGAUGGCAGACUAUGCAACCCAGGGAUGUACUGUAUCCCAGCAGUUAUUGUACUCAAAUACAACAAAUACAGUACAACCAGUGGCGGUUCUAGCCUGCUCUUAGCGGGGUGGCCGGAUUCCAUCCACCCCCCCCCCCCCCAAGAACCACCACUGCGUACAGCAUCAUAAGUUUGAUUUAUUUAUUUAAGUUUUAAAAGUUUCUUCAUGUUUGUCUGAUCGCCAAUGUUAGGACGGCGACAGUUCCUGUGAAAAGCUAAGACAAAUGCACUAUUGGCCUUAAGUAAGAACUUUGACAAAAAGUGUGAUUGUGUAACUGCAAUAAAAAUGUCAGUUUCCUACUCGAAAUAAAAUUUGACAAAAAGGUA